AUGGCCGCCGCACCUCCUGCCGCGCAGGUGCAGGGUGCUACCAUGGCACCCUUUCGUGGGCAGCGCAAACUGCAGCCUGGUAUGCGUGUCAAGGUCGGAGCGCAUAUCGUGACAGUGCAGCGCUUUCUCAGUCAGGGCGGCUUUGCCCAUGUCUACCUAGCCCAAGCCGAUACACCCGUUCGCAUGCCAGGGCAAGCGCCGCCAGGCGAUACGCACCUGGUCCUGAAACAUAUGUGUGUAUGGAACAAGGAAGCACUCGCGACCGUACGGGCCGAGGUGGAGCAUCAUCGUACAUUGCAAGGGCAUGCCUCGAUCGUGCACUUUGUCGAAGCCUCUGCUGCUACACUGGUAGGCGAUGGCUGGGAAAUUUUCAUCCUGAUGGAGUACUGUGGCGGGGGUGGCCUCAUUGAUUUCCUGAAUACGCGAUGGCAGCAGCGCUUGUCGGAACAGGAAGUGCUGCGUCUCUUUCGCGACGUAUGCGAAGGCGUUCAGGUCAUGCAUCACCAGGACCCCGUGCUUGUUCACCGCGAUAUCAAGAUCGAAAAUGUGCUGCUUACAGCGACGCAGCCUCCUCGUUUUAAGCUGUGUGACUUUGGCUCCUGCUUCCCUGUGUUGUCGACCAAGCCUGCGCGUAGCGCUGAAGAGCUUCGGCGGCUGGAGAUGGAACUGAAUCAGCACACGACCAUUCAGUACCGUGCCCCGGAAAUGAUCGAUCUCGGGAUGCAGGUGGCCAUUACAGAAAAGGCCGAUAUUUGGGCGCUGGGUGUGUUCUUGUACAAAUUGUGCUACUACACCACCCCGUUCGAGGCACCGGGCGCGGGGCCCGCCGCGAUCUUACAGGCACGCUACGAAUGCCCUUCCAAGCCAUCGUACUCUGCAGACCUUCAGCAUCUAAUUCAUACCAUGCUGCGCGUGCAAGCGGCCGAGCGGCCGACCAUUGAUCGGGUUGUGAAAUAUGUCGAAGACCUUCUUCGCACGAGUGAUACAGCGUCUCGACCGCCCAAGCCACGUCCGACAUCGCCGAUCCCCUCAAGCUCGACGUUGCGUCGAUCGGCUACCUAUACCGCCAAACCCACAGCUACUUCCUCCCCUGCGCCCUCAACGACGACACGACAGUCCAGACUCCCACCCUCGUCGGAUACCCCCAGUACGGGCAAGGCCUCGCCUCGGCCACCGUCAGCCAAGCCUGUGCCCUCGUCGCCGCCCCCGAGCGCUGCACGGUCUCAGGGCCGGCCAGAGUCGCUGAUUUUGGAUGUCGACGAAGCAGCCGAACGCUUCCCGAGCUUGCAGUCGCUGGACAAGCAGCAUCCGAUACCUCGUCGCAGCGUUCGUGAUAUGGUCCGUGAUAUGAAUUUGCAUGAGACGCCCGCCUCGUCUUCUUCGCCGUCCGUCUCCAUUGCGAUGGACCAACGUGGCCCACCACGUCCUCGUACAGCCUCCGAAAAGCCGGCUCAUACCCUGGUGGCUUUUGACGAUAGCGUGCCAUCAUCAUCCAGUGACGACGAAGUGGAGGCACCGGAAGAGGCAGAGGCCACCCUUCGCAUUCGUCCACGCUCGUUUGUGCCUUCGCCCCCCCCGCUGGUGCAGUCCUCGCCGUCGUCGUCCCUGCAUGAUCUGUUGGCUCAAAAUGAGACGGCGCCUUCCAAGCCCGAGGUAUCGCCAAGUGCGCCAGCGCAGGACGAACUUCACUCGUUGGCCGAGCAUGAAAAGGCUCUACGUCGCUUGCUGGGCGAGGAAUCCCUGGACGAAGACCGUCGUUCGCCGCCCUUGCCGCUGCCCACUCGACGUCCUCGCUCGCCUUCCCGCACGUCUUCUGCACGACCUGGAAAGCCACCCAAGCCUGGCCCAAGUGCCAAGCCAUCGCUGCGGGAACGUACUUCGCCACCCACAGGCGAUCUUCUGCACAUGGGCUCGUCUAGUACGUCGUCGGCUGCUGCACGACGCGCACCUGCAUGGGACAACGACGAGGAAGCGGCCCCGAGCGCUUCCUCGCUCCGGCACACGUCCAGUGCUACGGCCUCAUCGACGCCGACGCCGACGUCCGUGGCGCGUGCUCCGCCUUCCUCGUCGUCCACCGCUGCUGCUGAACCGGCUGAGGCACCCGCCGCGCCGACCACCACACGCGUCCAGCUGCGUGCAUCGACUUGGGAUGCCGCGACGAAAGCGCCUGCGAAGGUGUACGUCGAUGCAAGUACAUCGCCCGGCCUUCCUUCCUCCGCGUCGUCCACCACCCCUCGUCCUCACUCGAGCCACGCCCCUUUGACCGCGGCCUCCUCCACAUCAAAGGCGCGGCCUGUCCUGGCGUCCUCGGCACGACGUACGUCGGGGAUUGCCAGCGAUACGCCCGUCGUGGCGCCGGUCCCGCGCGUAGCCGGCAAGCCAGCAUCGACCAUGCCGCCGACGGUGGCAGCUGCUUCCCUUGAUGCUGCGUUGGCCCAGCAGCGGGCCGGUCAGGUUCGCUUGACAAAACGCGAGACUCAAAACCCUGCCUCGUCGUUGAGAUCGCCACGUCCUACAGCGCUUGCUCAGCCCGGCUUGGCAGCGACGCGGCCACCGCCGUGUCCUGCUCCUAUGGCUGACAACACCGAGGAAGAAGCGCCGUUCCAAGGUGUCAGUGCGCUCAUUCGGCAGUGGCAGGGACAGUAG